CGACAAAUAUACAUCCCUCACUCUCGUUGUAAACAUUCGCUCCAAAAUGAGGACUGCAUUUGCACUUCUUGGCCUGGUUGGAGCAGCCAUGGCAGGCUACAAGCACGGCGACGUAGUGACCAAGACCACCGUUGUUGAGGUCGUCUACACCACUGUCUGUCCUGUGACCGAGACGGUGCACAAGCCAGGCCAUACCUACACCACCACCUUCACCACCACUUCCAAGGUGUACACCAAAGUCCCUACUGUCAUCUAUGAGACCGUGCAUGGACCGGCCGUCACCGAGACUGCCAAGGAGGUCGUCCACAAGACUCACACCAAGCUCAUUCCUGUGACCGAAGUGAAGACCAUCGACGGCAACACCGUGACUGUCACCUACACCAAGACCAAGGCCGUUGUUACCGAGGUCCCUGUGACAGACACCGUCUACACCACAAUGCAGACUACCGUCCAUGAAAAGACGGACGUGUAUGUUACCACGACCUGCCCGGUCACCACCUACACAACCAUCGUUGAGGGAGAGACCCAUGUCAUCACGGCAACCAACACAAAGACCAUCACGGUUACCUCGGCUCAUGUCGUGACCGAAGUUCAUCCCAUCACCAAGACUCACUACAAGGACGAGACCGUCGAGGUUGUCGUUCCUGGUGCCUCAACUGUCAUCCAGCAGCCCACGCACUACGUUACAGUUGGCAACACACUUACAACCACCCGCGAGGGGCCCCCUGUCACGCUGGUCAGCCCUACAACCCUGACCACGCAGGCUCCCGUCACUUCCGCAGAGGCUCCUCCGGUGACCACUUCGCCUGUUCCCACUGCCGCGGCCGAUGCGAACAACGCCCCCAUCAUGGCCCUGGUAGCUGGAAUCAUCGGCGUCGUCGCCCUUGCUUAGAGAAGUUCUUGAAUUAUUUGGGGCUUUCUGUAGCCUACUUAAUCCCCCUCCCUUUUUUUUCUUUCUUUUCUUCCCCUGAUUAUAUUUUAACAGUAGGAGGUCUGGAUCCUGAAACGGCGGACCUCCUCUGAUAAUUCAUUUUGAGGACGUUCAUGACACUCCAUGGAAUAUGAUGGCCACGCCUUCGACGAGACAUAUAUUGUUUUUCCUCUCCUUUCUUUUCUUCCCUUUUUUUUGCCGGGGAGGUGCUAAAAGUUUUGACAUUUUUUAUACUUAUCGCU